GCUGUGCUCCAGCUAGACCAACAAUGUCCGUCUACCAGUGGAAGGUCCAAGAAUCCAGUUGUUGUUCAGUCCAUGAGGCUGGAAGUCUCAGCUGCUCUUCAGUAUCUGUCAGGGUCCCAAAUAGUCUCCAAUGCCGGGGGAGAGAUGGACUUGCCAGCAAGAGUAAAAAGCUAGUAGACCAAGAGAGCAAGGCUGUGCCCAGGUUAAAGUGGAUCUUCCCACCUCAGUGUUUGGUUUCAAACCCAGGGACAAGGGACUGAGGUGCAUAUUUUACAGACCAAACCAGACCUGGCCUCCAGGUUCUCCCAGCAUCCCUGGGUCCUGACCUGGCACACCCUGCCCCCAACCCUGAACUUCCCAGCCCAUGGGCUGGGCGGCCCCCAGAGGCUCCUCCCUAUAGAAUCCAGACAUUUUGAUCUCUCUCCUCUCUCUCUUUCUCUCCCUCUCUCUGCCCACACACCCUUUCUCUUCCCACUCUCCCCACCCCCACUCUCUCCUCAUGGCAAUAAACCUGCCUUUGUGUAUGUUAAUCUGGCUUGAAUUGGCUCAUUUUACUGGCAGUGGAAAUAAUGUGUCAUUCGAGGAUCCAGAAUAAAAGUGGGUUUUCCCAUUUCAAAUGACGUAAUUAAGGAAAAAAAAUCUCACGGACCAUUUGAGUUUUAGUUAAUUCCAGGCAUCAUCAAGUUGAUCACCAAGCUAGCCUGACGUUCUCUAUGUAAACCAGGCUGUCCUUCAAUUCACAGAGAUCCAUCUCCUGCCUGCCUCAAGUGUGCUGGGGUUAAAGGAAUGUGCCGCUAUGCUAGCUAGGCCUGAAGUAACUCUUAAGAGAAGCAACAAUAGGUAAUGUUCUAAUCUUUGGAGCAGAUCAGAAUGUUAUAUCCACCCCAGGCCAGAUAUCUCCUAUUCUUUUGAGCAGUAGGCUUAAGGAACAGUGACAGAGUGGAUGUUUAUCUUCCUAGUGUUGCCUGAGAAACAGGAGGUGGGGUCCAAAACUGACCAUUCUCAGUGGCCUCUAAGGUUACACUGCCAGAUAGGGUCUUAAAGACGUCACUAUGGUGGAGGCUAGUGUCAUGGUCCACACACGCACUGGGACACUUUUUCAAACCUUGUAAUGCACAUGUCCUGGUGAGGUUUGGGCUGUAUUGAGCUGUGAUUGAAGAAGGGGGGGUAGGGGCUCCCUUUUUGCCACCCGCAGAGAGCUGGGAGGAGCUGCAGAGGCCCAACAGGUCAGACCACUUUGGGAACUGCAGUGCAGGAACCAGGAGAGGAGUGGAUCAAGAAGCAGACGGAAGGUUGGAGCUGGACAGGGAGCUGCAUUCAAGACGGCCAUGAAGCUGCUGCCCGGCUGGAGAGCCCUGCUGCCCCUUAGUCCUUGGCCUGGCCUGUGCCCCUGCAUCCCAGCCCCACCAUGGGCACAGCAACUCACAACAGUGAAAGAGUUAACUCGUGCAGCCCGAGAGGGUACGAGUGACUGCGCAUGUACAAAUACAGGUACUGGCAUUUGAUCCUAACCCUGAAGAGCAGCGAAGGUGAUAAGAUAAACUUCCAUUGAUAAAUGGGGAGGGUUUUGAGAGCAGGUGAUGAGUCACGUCCUCUCCUGCUCCUCGCGUGUCAUCCCUACACUGUCCCCUCUUCACCCUGUAGACUCUGGCCCUCUCUAGAGAAACAAGAACAGGCCUUGUGCCAGGCUUGGAUGCUGGUAGGAGGGAGGAUACUCAGCAGGCACACAUGCCCCUUGCUUUACCACCAGAGCCAGAGUUAAUACCUCACCUCCGCCCAGUAUCCUUUCGCAAUCCUGAGCUACGGGCCUGGUUACAGAUUGACUUCGAACAAUGUCUGAUGAGUGGAGUAAAGUCCUCCCUGGCCUUGGUCAAGCCCUCUUCUUUUUUCCUCAGAGGUUUCUCAAACCUGUGCCUCAGAGAUGAAAACUCAGGAGGACGCCGAGAGCCCAAAGCAGCAUGAGGUUCGGGACUCAGCAGGGAUUUCCACCAGGGACCAGGUGGCGCCUUUGCCCACAGAGCCCAAGUUUGACAUGUUGUACAAGAUUGAGGACGUGCCACCAUGGUACCUGUGCUUCCUGCUGGGUUUCCAGCAUUACCUGACCUGCUUCAGUGGCACCAUCGCUGUGCCCUUCCUCCUGGCUGAGGCGCUGUGUGUGGGCCGUGACCAGCAUAUGGUGAGUCAGCUCAUCGGUACCAUCUUCACCUGCGUGGGUGUCACCACUCUCAUCCAGACCACAGUGGGCAUCCGGCUGCCGCUGUUCCAGGCCAGUGCCUUUGCGUUUCUGGUUCCAGCCAAGUCUAUCCUGGCCUUGGAGAGGUGGAAGUGUCCUUCGGAAGAGGAGAUCUAUGGUAACUGGAGCAUGCCCCUGAACACCUCUCAUAUCUGGCAUCCUCGAAUUCGGGAGGUCCAGGGUGCAAUCAUAGUGUCCAGUAUGGUGGAGGUGCUGAUUGGGCUGAUGGGGCUGCCUGGGGCCCUCCUCAGCUACAUUGGGCCUCUCACCGUCACCCCCACUGUCUCCCUUAUUGGCCUCUCUGUUUUCCAAGCUGCUGGUGACCGAGCUGGCUCCCAUUGGGGCAUUUCGGCUUGCUCCAUCCUACUGAUCGUCCUGUUCUCCCAGUAUCUCCGCAACUUCACCCUCCUGCUGCCUGUUUACCGAUGGGGCAAGGGCCUCACUCUCUUCCGCAUCCAGAUCUUUAAGAUGUUUCCGAUCGUGUUAGCCAUCAUGACCGUGUGGCUGCUCUGCUAUGUGCUGACCCUGACAGACGUGCUGCCCGCAGAUCCCACAGUCUAUGGCUUCCAGGCUCGAACUGAUGCCCGAGGGGACAUCAUGGCUAUCUCUCCCUGGAUCCGAAUCCCCUACCCAUGUCAGUGGGGCCUACCCACAGUGACUGUGGCUGCCGUUCUGGGAAUGUUCAGUGCCACACUGGCGGGCAUCAUUGAGUCCAUCGGUGAUUACUAUGCCUGUGCCCGGCUGGCUGGAGCACCACCCCCUCCAGUACAUGCCAUCAACAGGGGAAUUUUCACUGAAGGCAUCUGCUGCAUUAUCGCUGGGCUACUGGGCACAGGCAACGGGUCCACCUCUUCCAGCCCCAACAUUGGGGUCCUAGGGAUUACCAAGGUGGGCAGCCGAAGAGUCGUGCAGUACGGUGCAGGUAUCAUGCUAAUCCUGGGUGCCAUUGGCAAAUUCACAGCUCUCUUUGCCUCGCUGCCAGACCCCAUCCUGGGAGGAAUGUUCUGCACCCUUUUUGGUAUGAUCACUGCCGUGGGACUGUCCAAUCUGCAGUUUGUGGACAUGAACUCCUCCCGCAACCUCUUUGUACUGGGAUUCUCCAUGUUCUUUGGCCUCACACUACCCAACUACCUGGACUCCAACCCAGGUGCUAUCAACACAGGCAUUGCUGAAGUGGAUCAGAUCCUAACUGUGCUGCUGACCACAGAGAUGUUUGUCGGCGGGUGCCUUGCUUUCAUACUGGACAACACAGUGCCAGGGAGUCCAGAGGAAAGAGGCCUGAUACAGUGGAAAGCUGGAGCCCACGCCAACAGUGAGACCUCAGCCAGUCUCAAGAGCUACGAUUUCCCCUUUGGGAUGGACAUGGUAAAAAGGACCACCUUUUUCAGAUAUGUCCCCAUCUGCCCAGUCUUCAGAGGAUUUUCUAAAAAGACAGAAAAUCAGCCUCCAGUUCUAGAAGACACUCCGGACAAUAUAGAAACUGGGUCUGUGUGUACCAAGGUCUGAAAACUACCUCUACGAAAGGAGACAUUGUGUGUAACAGGAAAAGAAAACUACCCAGGAGACAGAAGACCUGAGUUGGAGAUCUCAGCUGUACCCUAUUCCAAAUUCCCAUGGAAGCUUGUACAGAUCAUCCUCUGUGACUCCACUGCCGUGUCAGCCCAAGUCUCUAAGUACUCCAGAGACCUGUACUGUAGUCCUGUCUUCUCACUUCCACUUCCCCAAGCAUGCAGUCAAUGUAGAGAGGAAGAGCUGGAGAUCCUCUACACUGAGAGCUGAUAAAAAAGAAACCUGGAGAGAUUCCAGGGGUAGAUGUAGACAUGAAGAUAGGAUUAAAGAACCAACCAACCAACCCACCCUGAAUUUAAUUCAAUGCCAUGUAUUUUAAGACCAAUAUUAAGACAUAAUAUUAAGUAACAUAGUGGACCAAUAAUUUAGAUAAGUAUUCUCCCUUUACACAGGGGAAAUAAAUCUAUACUUUCAGACUAGUUCAGUAAUAAAAAUGUCUGUUUAGAAUGUUCUAGUCCUCGGCUUGACCUUCAACAUUAAAUAUGUAGAAAUAAAAACCCUUAAAAGAAAAAAAGCAAGCAUGGUUUAAUUGUAAAAUCAAAACAAAACAAAAACCCAGAAUU